AUGAACAGGCCUAUCUUUGGGAAAGGUGCCCAAGUAUUGUUAGCUAUAUUGACUAUUGAAACUUGCUUUGUGGGGUGCCCCGAAUGCGAUGGAGCGGGAUUUGUGCGGCAAUCUGGGGCUGCUCUGAGGGCAAAUGCGGCUCGGAAGGACCAGGCUCAGAUUGUGUGUGCUCGUUGCAAUGGUCUUGGCAAGCUGAAUCAAGUCGAUAAAUAA